AUGUCUUCACGAUAUCCAUCUGGCGACCAACGGUACACACCUCGCGACCGAACGCCGCCACGCUAUAACGACCGCAGAGCUUCCACUUUCUCAUCUCGUAACGACGAUUCCAUCGCCGGACGAGGCCCCUACCCAGACUCUGUCAUUGGAUCCGGUAGAGAUGUACCCCGAGGCCCCAAGGCCCUCACGGAUACAUCACGAGGCCCAGGUCCAGGGGGAGGCUCUUUUGUUCCUGCAGGGCCUAGAGGAAGGGGUACUGGGGGCUUUAGAGAGCUUAGGGAUGCACCACCUCUCAGCGAAGGUCCUGAGAGACCCCGUGGUGGAUCAUCUUGGCGGGGUUCGGAUCGGGAUCGCCACUUCGAUCGACGAGACAGGCCGAUCUCGCCACGUGCGCGGUCGCCUGACAGGGACUCGAGGAACUCUAGAGACUCCUUCGCGCCUAGAGAGCUGGAUAUUGACCGGGCAAGGGGAAGCAGGAGGGACGGCCCGCCUUCUGCCGGGUCCAACUUUUCCGACCCGCCAACCGGUGGAUUCGGUUUCCGCGGGGGCUUCAGUGGCAGAGGACGUGGUCGUGGAAGAGGCGACUGGGACGACCGAGGCCGGGGCCGUGGCUCUUUUGACGACAGGAGUUCGUUCCGAGGUCGGAGCCGUUCACGCGACAGAUCCAGGUGGGACAGAGACACCGGCAGGGAUGAUCGCAUCAUCGACCGAAGAGAUGACAGAAGGUUUGAUCGGCGAGAUGACGAGCGCGAUAGGCCUCUCUACAGAGAUGACCGGGAAGUUGAUCGCUACAAGCGGCCAGACCCUGUCACGGUUAGAGAGGCUGACUUUCGACGGGCCAGCAUUGCCAAUGACAGGUUCAGUGGUCCGUCAAGUUCUUCGUCGCAUCAAAGUCCCCGUCAUCCUUCGAUCUCUCAUGCCAGUGGUUUAGAUCGUUCCAGUACAGCUGACCUCACGAGAGACUUUCGCGACCUGCCUCCGGCCAGACGUCCUUCAGUAGUUCAGGACCCUGCCUCGGCCAAGGAGUUGCAUCGAGAGUCUGACAAACUUCUUGCACAGCGUGCCGAAGCUUCUCAAAAUCGCUACGGGCCUCGUGGGUCUUCGCCUCCACCUCAGGCUCCCCAAGUGCCUGCGUUUGGCUCUGUUUCUUUCAACAAGCCCUCUACCACUUUCACAACGCCCACGUCCAGCGUGUGGCGGCCCCCGCCGGUAUCACAGCAGCCUGUUCCUCCCGCUUCCGGUCCGCCUUCAGGACCCAAGAUCCCACCCAGCGCGCCAAAGGCCCUGUCUUCUGCUCCACCGACAGCUCCAACCGGGCCCAAAGCGACAAGAAUCCCCGAGAAACCUUCAAUCGACAUACAAACGCCAAGUAGCCCUGUCAAAGAGCCACCGAAACCGAAACCGGACAAUGUUCCUCCUCCACCUCCACCUCCCGCUGCCCCUGCCCGCCCACCUAGUGAAGUCCAAGAAGCUCCAGCCAGAUCGCGCCCUCCUUCGCCACCGCGGGAGCCUCCUACUGCUCCUGCUGCGUUGCAGCAACGUCCACCUAAUGCCGUUCCCCCAACGGGUCCGCGUGGUCUCGUUUCGCCCCAGCAAGCCCAUAGCCGAAUCGCUCCUCCGGUGCCUCCGCCAAAUGUUCCACUUGGUCCAAGAGCGUCAGCUCCUUUCAGCACUUCGCCAAGAGGACCUGGCGGACCUGGCCCAGUUAUUCCGACCGGUCCUAAGGCUGAACGAGGCCCUCCAGUAGCUCCCAGAGCAGCACUUUUCCCACAAGGUGACCGUUCAUCGCUCAAUGCUCCUAGACCGCCGAUGAUGGGCGUCCCCGGCCGCAAUCUGCAAUGGAUUCGUCCGGACGCGCCCCGCUACCCUCGUGGCCUAGCACCUGUGCCUGUGGUUCCUGCCAAGCGGGAUGUCGAAGGUGACGAGAAAGACAAAUCUUUUGUUCCUUCCAGGCCCAGGUCUCCAGCCUUUAAUGUACCUUCUCCGGCAAGCAGGCCCACUUCGCGAACUCCACCAAACGGCGAUCUACUUGCCCAGCGCAGGAAAUCUGCUGGUGAAGUAAGACCCCGUGACAAUGUAGCACUACUUGCGGCACGGAGAAACUCUUCAUUCGACGUUCCCGACAAUGUCGCGCGGCCUACAUCACAACCACAGCAAUCCUCCUUGAAAAUACAAACUGUAUCGCUUCAUACGCGCGAGUCACAAGUAUCCGACGAGACUUCAGAAGAAGACGAUGAGAUGGAUCUGGACGAUGAGGAGGCUUUUGCAAAGGAGAAAGAGAAGUACGAGCGAGAGAAGGCUCGCCUGGAGUCGCGACUCAAGAACCUCGAGGACGAGAGCCUUCGGUCUUCCGCGCCGCUUAAGAUAAUAUCGAAGCUAUCGCGGGUCUCUGAAAAUGCUUUACCCCGACCGGAACCUGCGAAGCCUGAGCCAGAGCCUGGGUUGCCAGCUGCCGUGCAAAAGAUUGAAAAGAUCGGAGAAGAGCUCGAAGCCGCGGUCGAAGAAGAACGCAGAGCAGAGGCAGAGGCAGAAAAGCAAGAGCAGGAGAAGCCAAUGCCUGUUCCUGCCGAGCGCGAGCCUGAGAUGGUCACAGAACCUGAGCCAGAACCUCGACCAGUCAAGCUUCCUACACCCACUGCAGACGAGGGUCCCGAUGGUGACGUGGCAAUGGAAGAUGCCGCCGAUGUUGAGGGAGACCGUGGAUCCGAGAGUUCAGAAGAUGAGUCCGCUGAGGACUUUAGCUCACUGCCAUACCUCAACCGUGGGCCUCUUACUCCCCUGUCAGACCCAGAUCAAGAUGUAGGCCACAAGGCGAACAUCAUGGCCGCAAUCAAGGAGAAGAUGAUGCAAACGCAUCAAGCGGAACAGGAUCUGCAUGUCAGGCUUAUGCAUGAUUUCAGGGUACAGUACAAAGAAUGGGCUCUGGAGACUGCUCUGAGGGAAAGAGAGGCUGCUGCACGCGAAGAGAAGGAAAAAACCGAAGAGCAAGAAGCCGCCGUCUCUCCCAGCGAAGUCUCUACUGGCACACAACCAGUGAUCAGGCAGCGUCAUGUGACUGAUUACGAUUUGGAGAACAUUAUGAAGGAGUCUUUGAGAUUAGAAGAGGAGCGGAAAGAAAAGCAACGUCGCGAAGAAGAAGCGAAAAAUCCGUUCUUUGGAGGCCAGGCGCCGAUCCCGGACAUGAAGUCAGCCGACGAAUUGAAAAGGCGAAAGUUUCGCAAUACCAACCGCCUCCGGGAGCCUGCACCUGGCAUCUUUACGUUUGGAUUUGAGCCGCCAGAGGACGACUUCACCCCAGAGGAGCACAAACAACUCGUUACCGCUUACCAUGAAACGCCGAAAGAUUGGGGCGAGAUCGCCAAGAAACUCCCCGGUCGCACCUUCAGGGAGUGCAUCAACCAUUACUACGCUACCAAGUGGAACGGUGAGUACAAAGCGCCAACGCGCGGUCGCAAGAAGCCUCGCAAGGCAGCGGCAAAGUCGUCAACAAGAAAGACGAGGAUACCUUUUUCGAGCGCAGACCAGCCGGAAGGCGAAGAGGGCACGGUCACGACUGAACGUGGUCGGCCACGACGUGCUGCUGCUCCAACCUUCGGCGACAGGGAAUUGGUGGACCCAGAUCAAUCUACGCCCGCGCCGACUCCCGGUCGGCAGAGAGGUGCUUCGCAAAGAGGCGACACGGCCGAGACUGAGAAGCCUGCAAAGCGACAAAGAGUCGCCAAAGAAAAAGGUAGCAGGAAAGGUCGAGCUCAGCAACUUGCGCCUGCUCCAUCAGCAUCGCCACAGAAGAUCGAAAGGGAAUUCAGUGACGUGUUCCAAGCAGAUGGCAGUAUGGAGGCCAUGAGGCUUGCGCAAUCACAGGCCGAAGAAGGAGCUCGAAUGCAACUUCAGGGUCUGUACCAGUCUGAUGGCCAGGGUCACCCGGCUGAUGGAAUCUUCGCGCCUACCGGAUCUGCGGGACCCUUGGACAGGCCCAAGCCCGUACGUGGUCAGAGUUCUCGCGCCGGCGGCAUGUCUAGCUACUGGUCCGUGAACGAGCUGACUGAUUUCCGCAACUACGUGGCCUAUUUCGGCACCGACUGGCCUGCCAUCUCGAGGCAGAUGGGGACGAAGACCGCUGCAAUGGUCAAAAAUGAGUUUACCCGCAAGACCGAGUCAGGGGGCCAUCCGGAACUCGUCCAGGCUGCCCAACUUGCGGAUGAGAGGAGAAAACGGGGAGAAGACCUCGGGUCUCUGCCCGCGCCGUCGGCAGCUGUGAAGCGCAAGUACGAUGCGAUGCAACACGCGCAGCCUCGUACGCUUGCGCCCACUCCUAGUGAUGUAGAGAUGGAACACUCGCCCCCUAUUCCUUCGCAGUUACCCACAGCCUCGUCUCCACAUCCACAACAGCUUAACCGAUUCCAGACUUUGGCCCAAGCAGCACCGCCACUCACGGGUUCCGGUCUGCAACCCGCCAUUCUCACUUCGACGGGACUGUCUACUCCUCCAUCUCAUGUUCCUACUCAUCAUCAUCACCAGUACAGCCGGUCGGCGCAGCCUCAAAUCCCGCCUCAAGGUCCACGUCGAGGAUAUUUUGACCAACGCGAGUCCAGAUCUAGCCUCGUGGCAGAUAUUAGACAGAAUGCGCCCGACCCAGUACAGGAGUCGCACGCAAACCACCAUCGGCGACACUUUAGCCAGGGCAUGCCGGGGUCCCUGCAGAUGCAGGACCAACGCUUUGUCCGGGCGCCCACGGAACAACGUGAACGCGAGGCUCAGCCAGUUCAACAGGAAAUGUUUUCAUCUGGCAUCCUGCAUCCUUCGCUUUAUCGCACGAGCGCUUUGGGGGAUGUUCGCUCUAACCCCGCAACGCCAAGUGGAGUUGAUGUUAGACCUUCGAUGCAGCAGUCCACUUACUCUCCUCGGCAAUCUGCAGGGUUCCGUCAUCUGGUAGAGACACCCAACCAGCUUCCUGUCGCGCAACAAUCGAGCCGCAUGCCACCUUCCAGACCCGCAUCUCC